CUGAGUUAGCAUCGGUGAAUGGGGAUGUUUUGCAAGGCAGGUUCACUAAGAGCAAUCUCUGUAAGUGUCAGGUAUAUAUAAUACCCAAAAAAGAAACUUUCGGUAGCGCUUUUUAUAAAUUUCAAUAAUUGUGGACCAAACGUCUAGGAGGUCUGAAAGAAUGUACGCAAUAUACGUACUUUAAGGAUUAAGUAUACUGUUCGUCAUGGUGUGUGAUCAAAGGACAAGUUGUCAUUGUAAUGCCCAACAACAGGGAGUCCCCAGGGAGGAGAAUAAUGCAACAUAGUGACGUUUAAUGGAGAGGCAGUGAAAGAGAUCUUGGGGAAGCUAGCUCAGUUAGAAAGAUAAGUGUCUCAACUGACAGUAUAGUGCUGCUGUAUUAAGAAUAGGGUCAGACAUACCGGCCUUUUUCUGCUUGGUGACGAGUAUAGGUGCUUAAAACGAGUCAUCUUGGUUGUGGUAGACUGAAUGACUGGUAUAUGUUUACAAAGGUUUUGAACAUCCUUGUUGCCUGUGUUGCUGUUCUGGAUAUGAUUGAUGGCCAUUAUUUUAAGGAUUGGAGUUAUAGUUUUGGUGAGAAAAACUCACUUGCAAUGGAUCCUCUGCACCAAAAUGCCUCUGCAGGCAAGUUGGGUGCAAGUGGCUUUGGUGUAUACCGCAGGAUUAAGCGCUCAGCCUGGCUGGCUUUCUCUAAAUCUGUGUACUCUUUUGAAGUAAGAGAGGAUACAGCCCCAGGAGCAGUGGUGGGGAGGAUUGAAAGGGGUCAGCCUUUGGCAUACACCGUGCUGGUGGAUGAUGACGGGAGUGGCCUGUUUCUGCUGAAUCCAGUCUCCGGCGAGUUUACGUUGACCCGUGCCUUGGACUAUGAGUCCGAGCAGCACUACAUCCUCACAGUGGGAUCGCGCAGCCGUGCUGCUCAGCCAGCCAGGCUCAGGGUGUAUUUCAACAUUAUCGAUGUCAAUGACAACCCACCCAUUUUCAGUUCGGACAGCUACUCAGCUGCCGUGGCGGAGGAUGCCUCUCUGGGCACCUGUUUCCUCAUCCUUAAUGCCACAGAUGCAGAUAGCGGCGUGAAUGCAGAACUGAACUGGACAGUAGCCGCAGGAAAUGAACAUGGCAGAUUUGCAGUGAGUCACAGUGGUGCUCUUUGUCUGCAGAAAGAGCUUGACAGGGAGACAAUGUCUUUAUAUAUUCUGACAAUCCAGGUGAGUGACUGCGGCCAGCCUUUGAGCUCACGUCUUACCGGCACAGCACGUGUUACUAUACUUGUCAAGGAUGUGAAUGACAAUGCGCCAUCCUUCAAGUCCACUGGCAUGAUUCAUAUCCCAGAAGACACUCCACUCCACACAGAAAUCAUGGUCGUUCAAGCAGUGGAUCUGGACUCUGGAUUAAACGGUCAUGUAUUAUACGAGCUGCAAAAUUGGUCUGGAAGCAGAUUCAGAAUUAACUCCACAACUGGCACAGUUUAUCUGGAAGAACCACUGGAUAGGGAAUUAGUUCAUGUUUUUAAGGUUCGUCUAACGGCACGAGAUGAAGGAAUUCCCCAGUUGUCCACUUCAAUGAACCUAACAGUUUUUGUUGAGGAUGUGAAUGACAAUGACCCAGCUUUUUCCAGGAGCUUGUACAAUGUGACAGUAAGUGAAGAUCUCCCAAGAGGGACCAGUCUACUCCAGGUACAUGCUUAUGACGCUGAUGCAGGGCCCAAUGGACUUCUGCAGUAUCAUCUAUCCCAGGACUCACCAUUCCUGUUGGAAGCAGUGGGUGGGGUUUUGUCUCUGAAGGACAAGCUAGACCGUGAAAGGCUCCCUACACACAUACUUACUGUUUUUGCUGUAGACCAGGGAGUUGCUAAGAGGUCUGCUACAGCCAUUGUCCAGAUUACCGUCACUGACAUCAAUGACUGUGUUCCUCUCAUAUCUCCACCAUCAGUGACACUCCAUGUAUUAGAGAAUGAGGACUCCCCUCAAAUUAUUCAUCAGGUAUCAGCUGUUGAUGAAGAUCUGGGUCUGAACACCCUGCUGUUGUUUUUCAUUGAUAUGGGUAAUGAGGAAGACCUCUUCUCACUCUCUCCCAAUGGAACACUUCAAAUGCUUCAAAGUCUGGAUAGAGAGCAGAGAAGCCAGUACACAUUACAUAUAAUCGCUGUUGACUCAGGCACGCCACCUUUAACAGGAACUGGCACCAUACAGAUCAUAGUGGAUGACGUCAAUGAUAACCCACCGAUAUUUGUUGAAAACUUAAUUACUGCUGUUGUGAGAGAAGACAUUCCUACAGGAAGUACAUUCUCAAUGAUACAUGCCUCUGACCUUGAUGAUGGUAUCAAUGGUGAAAUAAGGUACUUUAUAGAAAACGAGAAUGUUCCUUUCAGCAUUGAUGACUUGGGACAUAUGAUCACCACAGCUGCCUUAGACAGAGAGGCCGUGAAUAGCUACAGGCUGACUGUGGUAGGCAGGGACAUGCAUCCUACCCAUCCCCUAAACAGCUCAGUCAUGGUGUCUGUGAAAGUGAGCGAUGUCAAUGAUCAAUGGCCCAGGUUUCUAAAUGGUCCGUAUGUGGCUAAUAUUCCCAUCACACUGGUCAGAGGUUCAAUUGUUUGUGCUGUAAGUGCAAUGGAUGAGGAUACUGGAGUAAAUGCACAGCUCACUUUUUCCUUAUUUGGCCGACAUGCAGAUUGGUUCUCCAUCGAUCCAUUUACAGGGACAGUUUUUACUUCUGAUGAACUUAAGGUAGAAGAUGACAUCACAAUUGGUGUAAGAGUCGAAGAUGGGGGCAACGAUCCAAAGUCUGACAGCACAACUGUUACGAUCCGGUUCCAGAAUGUGUUGGAAUUUCCACUUUUGACAGUGGAUGCCUUUGAAUACUGGGUAUCGGAAGAUGAUCCAUUGGACAUGCUUAUCACUAUAGUUACAGCGGAAACAACCAGAAAAGGCCCAAUCUCAUACUAUCUGGCCUCUGGAAACUUUGAGAUGAUGUUCCGACUAGACCAAGAAACGGGGGAGCUGACAAUAGGAGCCCCUUUGGAUUAUGAAUCUUAUAAGGAAUUCCAACUUUGUAUUGAAGCUAGAGAUGCAGGCUUUCCUCCUUUUUCCACUUAUGCUGAGGUUUUCAUACAUGUUAGAGAUGUGAAUGACAACUCUCCAGUUUUUACCAAGAGUGUGUACAUGUGUGAAGUGUUUGAGAAUCUACCAGCAAGCGUGGUCUGUGAAGUCCUGGCUAUCGAUGCAGAUUUAGGAGUUUACGGGGAGGUGGAAUACAGCAUUGUUAUCGGGAACGUGGAUGGAGAUUUCACGAUUAACACAAACACUGGCAUUAUACAAACAUUAAGGAGCUUAGACAGGGAAAAAAAUUCGGGUUAUAAAUUAACCAUUCAAGCAGUAGACAAGGACAAUACUCUGAACACAGGCACUGCAAUAGUGUAUGUAACUGUUCUGGAUAAAAAUGACCAUGCUCCUCGGUUUUUACAGAUCUUUCAUACUGAGGUUUCUGAAGAUGCACCAAUCGGAUCCACUGUCAUUCAGAUAACCUCCACAGAUGAGGACAUUGGUGAAAAUGCUGUUAUUUCCUAUACAAUUGUCAACAACCAGUCAUCAAGUGUGAGGUUUCCUUUUGCUAUUGAGAAAACCAGUGGGAGCUUAGUAAUCGUACAGACUUUAGACAGAGAGAUUCAGAGUCGCUACAUAAUUAAAGUUAUUGCUAAUGAUUCAGCUUGGAGCAUUGGUACAGAUGUCACUGUAGAUAUUUCAGACAUCAAUGACAACAGUCCUGUAUUUUCACAGUCCCAAUAUGCUGUGACUAUUACAGAAACCAAAAACCAAGGGAUAUUUGUAAUGCAGGUCAAAGCCUCAGAUGCUGACAUCGGACAAAAUGGGCAAAUUCUGUACUAUAUUGAGCCUCCAGAUUACUUUUUUGGAGUAAAUGCAUCCACCGGAGACAUUGCAACCAAGCAGCCAGUCUUGCUCAACAAACUAGAAUCUCAGAGCCUUAGCUUUACAGUAGUGGCACUAGACUGUGGUGAAGAUCCGUAUCGAAGUAACACAACUGUCAUUGUGACCAUUGUGCCUUACAAUUACUUUGCACCAAUUUUUCUGCCUUUUAGCCCUGUGCUACAUAUCCCUUAUAAUUUGGAUGUGGGAACUACAGUGAUCCAACUGUCAGCUGUGGAUGAGGAUUAUCAGUCCAGGGCCACAGCUGUAGAGUAUACAGCUAUUGGUGGAAAUGCAUCUGUUUUCUUUGAAGUGGAUAUUUAUAGUGGACAGGUACGCCUGAAGGAUUUUCUGAGGCAAAGCCUGAAUACCAUAUUAACCCUCAUUGUUUUGGCAAAAGACAAAGGUAUGCCCCCUCUUUCAUCUGAAACGAAUGUUAAUUUUGUCAUUACUGAGAAGAACCGCUUUUCUCCACGUUUUUCUGAACCUUUGGUCUUGUUUUUGGCCCCAGAGGAUGUGCCUGUAGGCUUCGUUAUUGGGAGGGUUCAUGCUGAAGACAAAGAUGAUGGAAUCAAUGGGCUUCUGUCUUAUGCUUUUAAAAGUGGGAAUGACAAUGAGUUGUUUUCCAUUGGACAAACUUCUGGUCUGAUUACACUUAUUAAAGGGUUGGACUAUGAAAUAAAAGUAGUUCAUCUCCUUUGUGUCAUUGCCAAGGAUGGAGGCUGGAUAUCAGAAACAGGAGAACUUAAUGUUACAGUCGUUGUCGAGGACAUGAACGACAACCCUCCAGUUUUCUCUACUAUGGAAUACAGAGCACUGGUGUCAGAAAAUGCACCGCUAGGAACAACAGUCACACAGGUAAAAGCUAGCGAUAGGGAUUCUGGAGCAAAUGCAGAAAUAACCUACUCACUGUUGACAGGAGAUCAAGACUUAUUCUCUGUGGAUUCCAAAAAUGGGACCAUUACCACUCGUGAUAUGUUUGAUUUUGAAGUGCAUCAAGCUUUUGAGCUGUCAGUGAAGGCCUCCAACACUGGAACUUUAGCCCAUUUCAGUGUGGUGCAUGUCUAUAUCCAAAUCACAGGGCUUAAUGAAUUUGUUCCAAAAUUUGGAAAAAGCCAGUAUAACUUUACUGUUUCUGAAAGUAUGCCUGCAGGUACUCGACUUGGCAAAGUGUCAGCCACAGACUACGAUCUGGGCCCUGACGGAGAACUUUUUUAUAUGCUAAUCGGCCCAAGCAAAAGGGCUAUGUUCAAUAUUGACAAACAUAGUGGAGAAAUAUUUAUUACAGGUGAUUUAAGGAAACACAGUCAUACUCCAGUGGUUUUACAAAUUUUGGCAAAGAACAGGGGUAGUAUUAAUGGGACUGACAUUGACGAAACCCUUGUUUGGGUCAAUGUCUUGGAUGCAAAUGAUCCUCCUAAAUUUCACUUUGAGCAGUACAUUGCAGAAAUUAGUGAAGACUGUGCUCUAGGGGCCUUAGUCACCCAAGUACAAGCUGAAGACCAAGACUCUAAAAUAGAGUGGCGCCAUUUUUUUUACAGGAUUGAGCGUGGGAACACAAACAGAUCCUUCACUAUUCAUCCUGUCACUGGAGACAUCACUGCAAAUGCCUUCUUGGACAGGGAAAGGUGGCCUGUUUACAACCUGACUGUUACGGCUAUUGACAGUGCAUCCCCACCAGCCACAGGAAGCACAAAUGUUGUUGUGAUGGUGCAGGAUGUUAAUGACAAUGCCCCAAUGUUGUAUUCCACUGAAGUUUCUGUGCUAGAGAAUCAGCCAUAUGGAACUGUUGUUACAAUUUUAAAUGCCUCUGAUGCUGAUAUUUCCCCAAACCAAGGGCCGUUUACAUACCAACUUUUGAAACCUGUCGUAGGAAGUGGUUUCUCACUGACACUUGAUGGAAUAUUGUCCACCACGCAGCCAAUGGAUUGUGAACUUAACCCAAAGUACUCACUCCUUGUGGUGGUCCAAGAUGCUGGUGAUCCCCCCUUAUCGUCUACAGCAACAGUUCAGAUCAGGGUUUUAGAUGAGAAUGACAACCCUUCUGCUCCAAGGAACAUAUACAUUGAGGUCAAGUAUUAUGGCAAGUCUUUCCCGGGAGGACUCAUUGGUAAUGUCCAACCAAAUGAUCCAGAUGAGAUGGAUGUGUUCAACUGCAGCAUCAAAACUGGACCUACACACAUGUUUAGCUUUCCUUUGGGUAACUGUGACUUGUGGUCAUCUCCAUAUGAGGGAGAGGCCACCUAUAAUAUUAGUGUUGAAGCAAAUGACUACAUUCACCCCACAGUUAAUAGCAGCAUCUAUGUGAAUUAUAAAGGGUUCAUUGAUGCUUCAGUGAACAACUGUGUGUUUUUUUAUGUUUCUUCUCCAUCUUUCAAUGAUUUCUUGUCUUUUAAGUAUCUGAAAUUUAUAAAAGCUUUAGAUGGUGUCUUUAACCUCCAGGCUUCUAAAAGCCACGUGUUUGGGGUUAAGGAUUUAGGAGAAUCUGUUCUUCUUUUGGCUGCAUUUAAAAGCUACAAUGGACAGUAUCUCAGUGGGAAAGUGGCAAGUAGCCUCUCUGCUGCUCAGAAGAAAGUACUGGAAGCUCGGAGUCAUGUGAAAAUCUCUCACAUUACCAGCAACCCUUGCCUCAUUAGUCCCUGUCAAAAUGGGGCCACCUGUAGCAGAAGUAUUUACAUCAGCCAAGACUUUGCAGUUUUGGAGAGCCCAGCAGUCAUACUGGUUUCCCCAAGGCAGGUGGACAUAUUUAACUGCUCUUGUUUGACUGGUUUUACUGGCACAAGGUGUGAAACAGACAUUGAUGAGUGCAACAAAGAUCCAUGUAAACAUGGGGCCACCUGCAUCAAUUACCCUGGUGGUUUUUCCUGCCAGUGCAUGAGGGGUUUUACAGGCAAGCACUGUUCCAGUGAUAUUGAUGAAUGCCAGAGCAUCCCCUGCAGCAAUGGGGGAACCUGCUUAAACAUAGCAGGGACAUUUCACUGCUCCUGCCAGUUUGGAUUUGAAGGGGACCUCUGUGAGCAUGUUGUCGACCAUUGCGUGUCAUCCCCUUGCCUCCAGGGAAGUUGCAUUAAUAUUCCCAUAGGAUACACUUGUGACUGUCCAUUUGGUACAGGUGGAGAACACUGUGAGGUACAGAGCUAUGGCUUUGAGGAGCUGUCAUACAUGGAAUUCCCCCCUCUGGAUCCCAGAAAUAAUGUGAUCUUCUUUGAGCUGGCUACUGUGCGGGAAAAUUCUCUGCUUUUGCACAACCAUGGUGAUAAUUCAUGGGACCAUUCAUGGGAUAGUUCUGAAUUUUUGGCUCUGGAGCUCAUUGGUGGGGAAGUUCAGCUUUCCUAUAACCUCGGUGAUGGAGUGGUGAGGUUGAAAACACAGAAGAAGUUGACAGAUGGGCUGUUUCACAGCAUCACUGUCAGGAGGACAGGAAAGUCUGCCUCUCUCCAAGUGGACAGCUGCCCUGGUGAUAAGCCCAUUGGAUACUGCUUUUCCCAAACUGAGGGAGUUGGCAGUAAAAGAACCCUUGAUGUUGGUUCAAUUAACAUGACAUUUGGUGGGAUCAAGUCCAUCGAGGCCAUUUUGUUGCAUCCUGCUCAAAUCAGGACUCAUGACUUUGUUGGAUGUGUGAGGAGUGCCAAGGUGAAUGGCAAACUGUUGGACUCCUCAGAAGCCUUGGCAUCUUACAAUGUGCUGGAGGGCUGCCCUCGUGCUACAACUGCCCCCUGUCACGGUGGUGUCUGCCUAAAUGGGGGGGUGUGCCUGGACCACUGGAGCCACCAUUACUGCCAGUGUCGUGAACUCUUCACUGGGGUCAACUGUGCCACAGCACUGACAGAGAACAAUGCAGUGAGACUCAAUGGGCAGUCCUACAUUGAAUAUGUUAUUAAGGAGAGCUACAAGAGAGAGCAGCAUCUUACAAACCUGAAGAAGGGAGGAGAUACAAUUGCUGCAGUAGCAGUCCACAUGUCUCGGAUGGAGGUCAAAUUCAUAACUACUGAGCAUGAAGGAGUCUUAUUCUCCUACUGGGGAAGACGAGGUGGUGCAAUACUUGGGAUAAAGGAUGGGAAGCUUGUCUACCGCUCGAGUGGCAAUGUGUCCAGCCACCUGACAGAGACCUUUGUGAAGACUGAGCUGCACCAGGCUCGUUGGCAUGUUCUUCACCUUGACAAAGAUGGGCCCACCACCGCACUCUAUGUGGACAGGGUGCCUGUCAUGAACACCACUGGCCCCAUUCAUGAUGUGGACAGGAUCAUCCUAGGCAGAGGCAUUCAGCCACACACAGGAAAUGAACUAGCUGGAUUCUCAGGAUGUGUUGAGUAUUUCAAAUUCAACGGGCAUGUUCUGCCAUUUGACGGGUUCAGUGAGGUGGUGCAUUUCCGGGCCAGUCCAAUGCUGUCCCACACAGGAUGCUUAUUUCAGGAUGCAUGUAGCAGUCCAAAUUGCUGGGAAGAGAAUUCUUCCAUUGCAUCUUGCUCAUCUAAAGCAUGCCAAAAUGGAGGCACCUGCAACAAUACUGACCUGAGCAACACGUCAUGCACCUGCCUGCCUAACUUCGAAGGGAAACACUGUGAAUUGUGCUCAUCUUCAAAACACAACCCCCCUCUUUGCUCUGAGGCCAACCAUGGGGCGCCACUGUGGAUUAUUGGGGCCAUUCUUCCAACAUCCCUUGUUCUUAUCAGCUUGGCACUGCUUGUUCUCCUCAGACAGCUUGGAUCAAAGUCUCAUACUCAAAGUAUGAUACCUGACAAGACUUCUAGGUACCCUGAAUGGGGUGAGCAGGGCAUGGACAACAAGGCCUUUCAUGGAGAGAGUGGAAAUGUACUCCAGCAGACCAAAUGCAUCAAAGCAGGAAAUCAUCCUGACAUUAUCAGGGAUGAGUUGCAGGAUAACCAGACAUUAGACCAUGUUGCCCAGAGUGGCAGGGAAACCAGACCUGUCUCGUUGCAGACAGACCCCAGAAACAGUGAAAUUGAGUACUAUGAAGUAGAUAGCUUUUGUAGCAUUUUUCAGUCUGAAACAUACACUGAGAUAGUGGAACCAGUCCACAAGAAUAAAGAGUGGCCCCUGCAAACAACUGUGCAGCGAGAGUUUGUAGACAGGCAGAGGCAAGAAAACUUAACUCAGAGGCAUUCAGCUGGACCAGAUUCUUCAAAGUCUGACUGGGGAGGAGAGCGACCCCACCAGGGAGAUGUAAUCUGCAACUGCAUUGGAAGAGGACACUUACAUCAAUCAGAUUACAAACUCAAAUCAAGUAAAAAGUGCACCCAACAUUCCAUGAGGAAAAUCCAGACCCCUACUGUAGAGGUACUCCCCAUGGGGCUCUCUGUGGAUGAGCUGAGAAGGCUGACUGCAAAACUGGACAAGCAGCUAACUGCUGGUGUAGGGCAUCCAGAAUGUUCUCAGCCUAAACCAGAGGACAGCUCCUCUGAAAGUGAUUCCCACAGCGGCUUCACUUGCUCAGUGCAUGAGAGUGAGAGGGAGCUGCCCUUCAUCAACCUGGGGGAACAGGAACAUAUCAGUGAAAACACCUACUCUCCUCUAAAGAGUGGGGCUCCACUUGCAGAGGUCAAGGGGGAUGUGGAUGAUCACUCUAAUGAAACUGUACAACACUGGGAACGCCUGCUGAAUCUUGGUCUGCACUUUGACACCUAUUCCCACAUAUUUGAGGACAUUGCAGCACUGACAAUAGACCAUAAAAAUGACUCUGAUGUGCAAAGUGAUGGGGAAGAAAUCAUAUAAUGGAGACUAAGGAUAUUCCCUGUUCGCCCGAGCAUUGCAUGGAACUGACAUUAGUAAAAUAUAUUUGGACAAAAGAAUAUAAUCUAUGCAAGCCUCAAAGUGUGAUCAAUGUAUUUUUUGUCUAAAUUCUUUUCCCAGGCACAGCCUAUGCUUUUGUAGUAGUAUUUUUUGUUCCCCAAUGAUUCAUAAAAUGCAGCCACAUCCUUUUUCACGUCAUUCUUGUCUUCUCUAACAAGGUUUCUAAAGCAAUGUUUGUAAUUAAAAUUAUCAUGUGGACUGUG